AUGUCUACACCUUUCGAUACAAAAUUUAUGACUCUCCAGUCAGAAUUAAGUCGCAUCUUAAUUCAAGAGCCAGAUCUCUAUUCAAGUGAUGUAAUCAACGGUUUGAAGAAAGAGAUGGAAGAGUUGAAGAAGAAACACACACAGGAAUCCAUUUUAGCGGAAUUGGAAGCAGUCAACAAGAAAUUACAAGCAGCGAAAAAGGAAUGGGAAGCGGAAAAAAAGGAGCGAGCAGAGAAGAAGGAGCAAGUAGGGAAGAAGUGGCAAGUAUCGAAAGUAUCGAAUAAUCUUUACUUAGAUGAUCCAGUUCACCGGUCAAGGAAAUCAAGCGCAGAGUUGGAGAAAAGAACAAUUGAUUGUGUAGCCUGUGAUGCUCAACUAUCAAAUCGAUCUACCAUUCUAGCGGAGUUGAAAACAGUCAACAAGUUUCAAGUAGCGAAAGAGAAAUGGGGAGCGGAAAAGUAG